AAGUUGCUCCCCGAUCCAUCUCGCGGCUAGCACGGUGACGAAAUCCCGCUGCAUGGCGACACUGCAAGCGAUCGCGAAUCCCCACCGCACCGCCAGAAUUUAUCCGUUGGUUACGAGAUACUCGGCCAACGUUGUAUAUUCGCGUAUGCUAUGCAUGCUCUCUCGGGUUAACAUACUGGCGGCUCCCUCUCAACCUACAUUCUGAUAAUAUACUACGGAAAUACCACAUCUGCACUCUGUUACACAUCGUGGAUACUUUGUACAUUACUUCAGGUCACGGACCUCAUUUGUGAGCACACAGAUUUACAUUUUCUCACAGAAAAGUUUAUUUGAACGCCUACUUCAAUCGGCAGGAGCUUCGGAGCGACAUCCUCGCCAGCGCUGUGGGCGGGCUGGUGGUGAAAAACCGUACAUCUAUACUACCGCUGCAAGUGAAGAACUUGCGCAGACGACGCUGCUUUGGUUGGCGCGUGGAGCGAGCUGGUAGAAUUUUCGAAAAUUGAAAAUAUUGUGAUGACCUGAUCUGGGAAUUCUAGACGCACUUCGCUUGGACCAAGGAGCUUCCACUGGACCCAAUUUUGCUGGGUAUUUGAGGAAAACUAUGUCUCAACUUUCCAGGACUAAAUUCAGCUGGCCAAGUCCAAUGGCGUUACCCAAGGCUAAAUCUGGAAUCAUAUUUUUUGUGAACGCUUUGCUUUUACUUUGGAGCGUCACCCUGGCUAAAACUCUACAGCCGAUUGCUUGGGACAAAAACAACUCUAAUUUCACAAGCACUGGGAUGAAUAUUUCUGUCGACAUCAACGACCUCAUCGAUAUCCAAUGUCCGCAAACAACAAAUACAACGGAGGGAAGAUUAAAAGCGCAAUACCUCAAAUUCAUGCAAGUCUCUUACCAAGGUUACGAGCAGUGUUCGUUAUCAGCGAGAAACCGCCAUCUAUUGUCCUGCAAUCGUCCUUACGUCCAAAAUAGACUGACGUUACUGUUUCAAGAACAUACGCCGUACCCCCGAGGUCCAACGUUUAAUCACGAUGAGGAAUAUUAUUUUAUCACAACUUCAAAUGGCACAGAAAAUGGCAUUGAUAAUACAAGUGGGGGUUUAUGUGCAACACACAACAUGAAGUUAAGAGUUUAUGUCAAACCUAAACCAACAGUUCCUGCCACCACCGGUACACCUACGUCUUCGACAAUUCGCUCAAACUCAACACCACCCGACACGUCACGACCUGUCACAAGUGCGACAACGAGAACAACAACGAGGGCAACAACGACCCUGAGGACCACCACUACAAAAGCAACAACAACAAGAAAAACAACGAAGUAUACAACUGGUGGCCAGUCCUCCACGACACCAGAAACAAACGAUAUUGGAGACAACAUGACGCGAGGAAGAGCAGACAGGAGGCACGUUUCAACGACCCUUCUGUUAGUUUCGUUGCUUGUUGCAGUCGUCAGAUGGCUUCAUCCGUGACCUUUGACCUCUUGAAUGUUUUUUUUUUUCUAAUUUAAAAGACAUUGUAGUGUGUACUUUGUGCCUGUAGAAGAAAGGGAGAAUCGUCUGGCGAUUAAGCCGUCCCAUGAUCGGAGGUGCAUUCCACGUUAAACCAUUGGCUACCUGGUUUGGUCAUUCCCAUUGGAUUUUCACACGGGCUAUCUGAUUCCAGUACGCAGUGGAUUAAAUGAGGGAAUGCGUUGUAUACCACAUGCAAUUCAAGUGCGAUUUUAUAGUCAGAGAUAACUCCCCCAGGUCUUAAAAAUUUGAUCCAUUUCCCCUGGCAUAAACCAUCUCAAAGCCAAAUGAAAAAAAUGUCAAAUUUAUUAUUUAAUGUUGAGCAUUCAUUUAUUUAUUUUUUUCUGCGAGCCACAAAAAUAAAUCCUGUCCGUGUUUCCAGUUGCCAUUACUUUUAUUUUACCCCCUGGUGCAUAUUUUUGUAUAUUACAUGUUUGGGGGUGCCUUGAAGCAGAGCCAUCGCCCAACUGUGUAUCAGUAUCAGGCAAUAAUAGUAACUAUACACUAAUUUUCAAUAAUAGGGGGCACUCUUCGAAAAAAAAAACCCACCAACGAUUGAUCUUGCCACUCAAAUGAUCAAACACCAGUCUGCAAUGUGGGGUGAAAUUAUUGUUUAUUUUUUCUGUUAAUUUACAAUUUAGAGGAAUUGAUUGCUGCUUAUGCACAAAGGUUUUACAAAUUUGUGGUUGGUGAUAACCUUGUUCAUGGGGAUUAUGGGUAAUCUAGUCCAUAUAUCAAUACAUUAGGCACCAUCUAAUGAUAAUAAUCUUUAGAUCUUAUUUAACGCAUGUCACAUUGUCCUCUAUGCACUUCCUAAUGGACUUGGAUAUUUUUACCCUGGCAAAACUUUUCAAGCACAUUUCAAGGACUUUGUUCCUGCCAGCUACCCAUUUAUCUCACCUGGGUCGCGUGCAGUUCAAUGUGGAUGUGGAGGAUCAUUUUUUGCUGAAGGAAAUCAUGCCAUGGCUGGGAUUCGAACCCACAACUCACCGAUGAAAUUACCUUCAUCAAGUCGUGAUUUUUCCCCUUGAUUUAAUUUGGAAUGCACCUCCCAUAAAUAACUCCGUGUACAUAGCAUACAGAAAUAGCAUGAGAAAUGUGAGUAUGAAACUGUAGGGAACGUUUGUACUUAGAAAUGAUAUAGCAAAGAAAAGAGGUUUGAAUACUUAGUACUAUUAACAUAUUAAAUGGCACUAUGACUUCUCAAAAAAUAUUUUAAUUGGUUCUGCAAUUGAGAUUUCUGUGAAAUCUCCUCUUCUACAUAGAGAGAAUGGAAUAGCUCCUUUCCAGGGGCCGCAAAACGGGGGGGGGGGGGGGGGGGGUUCAACCCCAACUUAUUUUUUCCAAAAUCAUGUAUAAAACGAUAAAAUUUACCAUCUGAUUAUGAUUUUUGCAUGGUCAGCCCCCCCCCCCCCCCAACUUUCCAAACCGUUCCGCGGCCCCUGCUUUCUCGUAUGUUAAUUCGAGGUGAAAUUGCAAAUUGCAGAGCUUUUUAAAGUCAGAGAAUCUGGAGGAUUUAUUGAGAAAGCCUUAUUUACAGAGGAAUCAAAAUCAUUUUUGACAAUAUUUGUCCAAAAUGAGAGAGUACUCUUUCUCUAAGAACUGCAUUUGUACUUAAAAAAAGAAAUAAUCUUUUAUACUUGAAUAUGUCUCCUUCCCGAAAAAGCUGCAAUUUUUUUCGAGGAUAAUUAUACGAGAAUAAGAUAUUUGGAGAGGAGAGUGUGUAUGAGAGAGAAAGAGAGAGAGAGAGAGGAGAGAAAAUAAAUCUGAAUGUUAAAUGCUCAUUAUACUAUUUGAUCAACUUGCAUUUGUAAACUUUGAAGAAAAUAAUAUUUUGGAUGACUAUUUUGUACAUUUGUACAUAAGAAUAUAUUAUUGCACUUGUGUUAUGUAAAAACUUGAUGCUAUAAAAUGGACUUUUUUUCAUAUGAUAAUUACAUUAUACAUCUCUUGUUAAGAACACUACUGUUUGUGUUUCUUUUUGCUCUAAAUUUUAUUUAUAUAUGCCAAACUUUGUGUAUCUUAUUGCUUUUAAUUUCUUUCGCGUAUGUGGUUUUCUUUUUGGUUCAAUUCAAUUUAGAAGCGUUGUGAAAUUGCAAUGUAGUAUAUAAUAUUCACCUAGAAAUGAAGGGAGCGACUUGUGAGAUUGAUUGUGUUGUCGGUUACAUUCACAGACCAGUGUUAUAAGCUACUGAAAUUGUUGCAUCUGAUUGGCUGAGAGCAAAUUUGUAAGUGAAAUUCACCGACAAGACGUUUCAUGAAACACUCCCCAGAAAUUGUGCUUCCAAAGCGUUUUUAUCUUACCUUCCCAUAUAAUGGUUGAGUCCAUAUUGACAUGGUGUGAAUGCACAUUUAGGAGAGUCCACUUAGCUUGAUAGGGGUAUCACUUGAAUUUAGAACAGAGGGGUGUGCAGCACAAAUCAAAUAAAUUUCUUUUUGCCAUGCACUGCUCUUUUUGUAUGAAAAUUAUGAAUUUCAUUAAAAUCAGAAAAAAUUCCAACAUUGCUUCCUGCGUUUUCUAUUUAUGACAAUAAUAUAGUAAAAUUUUGAGAUGUAGUCUUUAGAUUAUAUCAAAAGCUUUGAAGGGGACCAAUAAUCUAAAAUAUUGUUUUCCUCCAAAUAUUUCACUUCAUGUUUCAAUGACUUAUAUUCAAAAUGUCGCCUAAGGAGAGCAUCUGAAUAUUCAUUUACUAAAAAUAUAUCUUCUUUAAUGUUUCUAUCGUGUAUGGAUUAAACCAGAUGGCCCGUAUUCUGAAGUCAGGUUUAACUUAAACUCAGGUUUAAAGUUGUGGUUUAAGUAAGGGAAGCCAAAAGUAUUAAAAAUAUUAUAUUAAGUUGAACGUUUCUUAUUAUGUUUACUGUGCUCUUUCCAGAGUCAUAGAUGGUGAAGACAAUAAUGUAUUUAUACUUCCUAGACAAUAAUGAAUGAUUUGAGAGCCAAAUGAGCUGAAAUAUGAUAUCUCUACCGUUAGUGAUUUAUGUAACAAUUGGCUAUCCAUACUUAAACCACAACUUUAUACCUGAGUUUAAGUUAAACCUGCUAUCAGAAUAUGGUCUGAUGUAUUUAAGAGUUUUGGUUCAUGGUGAAUACAAUAGAGUAGACUUAAAUGAGACAUUGCCUGUAACAAUUAUGAUAUAUUUAUUUAUACCUUGAACAAGUUGUAUUCUGAACUGCACCUGUAUUCUUAUAUGUGGGACUGUUAUUUGUUUUAGGUAAUUAGAUGUUGAGGGAUGUUAUGUUAUCAAUUUCAUUCAUGAGGUAAAACAUUGUGAUAAUAUAAAGGUCACAUGAUGUGGUCACAUGACAUCAUUAUGGUCACCUGAUAAAGUGUCUGAUUACAUUCAGUCUUACAUGUGAAACUCUAACCAGUGUCUGAUAGAUGAUUUGUUCGAACUCAGCCGCUGCUUGAAAAGAUUCAGGGUAAACCUAAUGCAAGAGAUUUAUUAAUUCUAAAGUGAUAGCUAUUAAUGAUUUAACCAAACCCACCCAUUAAUUGAUGUUGAACAUUUUUUUUUCUGAUUUUUUUUUUUUUUACUUCAAGACGAUGAUGUACCACCAACUUGAUUUCUUGACUUUUUCAUUUCAAUUUAUGAUUUGUCUUGGAAUUAUCUUAUGAUUUUCAAUUAUUUGCAAUGACAAACCACCAAUAUCUUUUCUUGAUUUUCUGUAUGUAUGUUAUCUUUUCAAAUCUGUGAUUGGGCAUUCAGUCUGGUAUUGGUUCCAAUGCAAUGAUAGUAAAAUUGCUUAUUUAAGUAAUCAUGAAGUAUUGAAUAGAAAUUGAUUAUAGUAAUAAAAGUGAUGGUUAUCUUAGACAAAAAUCAUGACAAUUAUUCAAAUCCAUAUCAACUACCAAAAUAAAAAAUAUAUAUCAAUAAUGGUUCGAAAAUAUAAUUCAAUAUCAUCAAAAUUACUCAGUAAUAAAUUCCAUAUGCUUUCCAAGAAAAUGUUACUUUUUGGUCAGAUUUCUCUUGUAAAAAAGUAAUUUUUCUGCUAUGUCGACCGAUUUGAAAUUAUAUGAUAGUAAUAAUCUAAAAAGAAAUGGUGCCCUCUACUGACAUUAUUUGAUGUACUUGAAAGCUUUAGAAACCUGUUAUAUGGGCAGACAUUAAUUAGCUAUUCCUAAUUAAACCACUUGCUACUGAAUUCGGCCAUUCCCAUAGGCUUUGUACAGGGAUCACCUGUUUCCAGUAGGCAAUGGGUUAACUUGUUGACUACAUAGAUCUGUGAUUCUUAUAGGCUUUAUACAGGGAUCACCCGGUUCCCGUAGGCAAUGGGUUAACUUGUUGAUUACUUAGAUCUGUGAUUCCUAUAGAUUUUGUACAGAGACCAUCUGGUUCCAAUAGGCAGUAGGCUAACAAAAAAAUCUUGAAAACUUCUCAUUAUCUAAUGGAUACCAUCUUAAAGUAGCCUCUUGGUUCUCUAAAGAAAAGAUUAAUGAUAGCACAAUAAUGUUAAAGUCUGUAGACCAGACUAGCUUGCAAAUACUAGUCUUGUCCACAGACCUUAAACAUUAUCCACCAAAUUGAUUAUUAAACCCUCAUAUUACUUAUAUAAACCCUCCUUUUUCAUUUAAGCUCCAUUUGGUAUAGACACAGUACUAUCAUUGGAUGUAUUUUGAAUUCUAAUGUCAUCAGCGUAUUAUCUUAUGUGAUUUAUAAUGAUUUUUAUAUUGUGAAACAAUAUAUAUCAUCUUUCUGUAUAUUAACGGCAAUGUACAGAUUUGCAAGGCUGUAUAAAGAAAAAACAAAGUAUAGUAUUUUUUACUUUUUUUG